AUGAAUGAUGAGAAGACUAAGGAUGAUGGACAAGCUGGGAUUUCUCAACCUGAAAGGAGUGAUGAGAAGACUCGAGAAGGUGGACAAGUUGGGACUCUUCAACCUGAGAGAAGAAGUGAAAGAUUGAAGAAAGAUGUUCAUCUUACUACAAUGGAGAAAAAUGAAGCUUUAGCUAAAAAGAGAUCUCUUGAAGGUAAUUCAAACAAGUCACAUACUCUUGCUAGUAUUGAUAAUAACAUGUUGAAUGAUUUGGCUAAGAAUAUGGGUGUGCUUAUUAAUGAUACUGAGUUUUCAACUUUUGACAUGCUUAAAGAAUUAGAGACUGUUAGAAAUUGUCUGCACUUAAAACUGACCAAUCAAUCUAAGUUAAACAGUUGUGUAGAGAUUGUUGAAUUUGUGCCUGAUGAAAAUCAAGCUAAGUCCAUUGAUAGUUGUGAGGAAGAGUCCGAGGUUGAAGAAAUGUUAAGUCAACAAUCAAAACAAAAAUGCAAAGUUGGUAGUUCCAUGCACGGUUACCAAACAGACUGUCAGAGGAAGAAGAAGAAGAAAGGCAACUGGGUCCAUUAUGGUGGAUCGCUGCCGGCAAUGCUGGAGGCACUAGAGCAUGUCCGGGACGUUGGGGAAGCGCUCUGGGCGUGGAAGGACACCCUGAGCAACAGGGAGAGGACGAUCAUCCUCAAGGAGCAGAAAGAUUGGCGACGGGCAGUCGAGAUCUUUGAUUGGUUUCGCAGGGAGCAGAGCCAUGAGCUCAAUGUGAUUCACUACAAUGUCAUGCUCUAUACUGUUGGGAAGGCAAGGAGGUGGGACCUCGUUCUUAGGCUGUGGCAUGAGAUGCAUUCCUUUGGUGUGGCGCCGGACAACUCAACGUAUGGUACGCUGAUCAAUGUCUGUUGUCAAGGGGGGAGAGAAUGGGUGGCUUUGCUAUGGCUUGGGGACAUGUGCAAGCGUGGUUUGAUGCCUGAUGAGGUCACUAUGAAUAUUGUGAUGCAGGCGCAUAAGAAGGCUGGAGAGUAUGAAACAGCUGAGCUUUUCUUCGAAAGGUGGUCCUCGGAUUCAAUCACAAGGAAGGAGGGAUGUCCUCACUGCAGCUUGUAUACUUACAACACCUUGAUUGAUACUUAUGGAAAGGCUGGUCAUCUUGAGAAAGUAUCAGAUACGUUCAACCAAAUGCUGAGAGAAGGUGUUGUGCCAAGUGUUGUUACAUUUAACUCAAUGAUCCAUGUUUGGGGUAAGCACCACAAAAUGGAACAAGUUGCUUCUUUGGUUCGAAUGAUGGAGGAAUUCCAGUGCUUUCCUGACACCAGGACUUACAAUAUACUGAUCGCACUGUACAGAGAAAGCAAUGAUAUUGAUAUUGCAGAGUACUACUACUGGAAGAUGAAAGCUGAAAACUUGGUACCAGAUGUUGUGAGCUGCCGCACACUCUUAUAUGGAUACUCUAUCAUGGGCAUGGUCACUAAAGCGGAAGCCCUUCUAAAGGAAAUGGAUGAGAGGGGCUUCGUGGUAGAUGAAUACACACAAUCAGCUUUGACAAGGAUGUAUGUAAAUGUUAGGAUGCUUGAGCAAGCUUGGCGUUGGUUUGACAGGUUCCAUCACCAUAUGAAUUCUGAAUGCUUUUCUGCAAAUAUUGAUGCAUUUGGAGAGAAAGGAUACAUAGUUCUUGCAGAGAAGGCUUUUAUAUGUUGUCUAAAGAAGAAGAUGCUCAGUGUUUCUGCAUGCAAUGUUAUGAUCAAAGCAUAUGGGUUGGUAGAGAAGCUUGAUGAGGCAUGUGAGAUAGCUGAUGGUAUGGAGAGGUAUGGCAUUUUGCCUGAUUAUGUGACAUAUGCUUCUCUCAUUCAACUUCUGUCAACUGCUAAACUGCCAAAGAAGGCUAUUUACUACUUGGAAAAAAUGAAAGUUGUGAAAUUGCUGUCAGACUGUAUCCCAUACUCUGUGGUAAUUAGUAGCUUUGCUAAGAAUGGUGAUCUACGAAUGGCUGAAUACCUAUUUAGAGAAAUGAUCAUGUCAGGGGUCCGUCCUGAUGUUUUUGUCUACUCUAUCUUAAUUGAUGCAUAUGCUGAAGUUGGAAAUGUCCAACAAGCUUCAGCAUAUUUUGGUUUAAUGAAAAAGGAUGGUUUAUAUGCGAACGUUACGAUCUACAAUUCUUUGAUAAAGCUCUACACAAAAGUAGGGUAUGUGGCAGAGGCCCGAGAAACAUAUAAGUUACUCAAAUCAUUGGAUACCAAUGCCAUCCUUUAUGCAUCUAAUUGCAUGAUUGAUCUCUAUAGUGAUCAUUGUAUGGUGAAGGAAGCAAGCGAGGUUUUUGAAGGUUUGAAGGUUAGGGGAAUUGCCAAUGAAUUCUCACAUGCAAUGAUGGAUUUGCAAGGAAAUGCAAGCUUUAGGACUUCUAACUCAGUUACUAAGCUACAAUUCUGUAAUCCAAAUGUAUGUAUCUGGUGGAAGAACAGAGAGGCUCUUAAAAUAUUUAAGAAGAUGUUGGCAUCGAACACACCACCAAAUGAUGCAACAUUCCAGGCACUAAAGGUUAUUCUAUGGUACAGGGCACUAUCUUCAGCUGUGAGCUUUGUUACUUUUUUGCUUCUCUGGGUCUACAUACCAGAAUAUAAGUAUGGAAUUGCUAAACAUUAG